CGGCGGGAGCGCAGGGGAUGCGGCCGCAGGCACCAGGUACCCGCCAUGCAGCCGGCCGAGAUCCAGUUCGCGCAGCGCCUGGCGUCCCACGAGAAGGGCGUCCGGGAGCGGGCGGCGCGCAGGCUGCGCCAGUACCUCAGCGUGAAGACGCAGCGGGAGACAGGAGGGUUCAGCCACGAGGAGCUUCUAAAGAUAUGGAAAGGACUUUUCUAUUGCAUGUGGGUGCAGGAUGAACCCCUUCUCCAGGAGGAGCUCGCGGUCACCAUCUCCCACCUCGUCCACGCCGUCAACAACUCGGAGGCUCAGCGCCUGUUCCUGCAGACCUUCUGGCAGACGCUGAACCGCGAGUGGGCGGGCAUCGACGGGCCGCGCCUGGACAAGUACCACACGCUGAUCCGCCUGGUCCUGAGGCAGUCCUUGGAAGUCCUGAAGCGGAACAGCUGGGAGGAAAGCCGCAUCCAGCUUUUCCUGGACGUCUUGAUGAAGGAGGUCCUGCACCCCGAGAGCCAGGCCCCCAACGGGGUGAAGUUCCACUUCAUUGACAUCUACCUGGACGAGCUGUCCGCGGUGGGGGGCAAGGAGCUGCCGGCAGACCAGAACCUCAAGCUCAUCGAUCCGCUCUGCAGAAUCGCCGCCAAGACCAAGGACCACAUGCUGGUGCAGACCAUCGCCCGGGCUGUGCUUGAGGCCGUCAUCCAUCGGUCUCCGCUGGCCCCGGAAGAGACCGUCGCCGGACAGCAAGCGGAGGCGGCCGGCACGCGGGGGGCAGCUCCGGGCAGGUGCCCCUCCAGGAGCGACGGGGCGCGGGAAGGAGGCGCAGGCCACGCCGGGAGCCCGGAGGACGAGGGGCGCCUUCUGCAGUUUGACUACAAGGCCGUGGCCGACCGGCUCCUGGAGAUGACCAGCAGGAAGAAUACCCCGCCCUUCAACAGGAAGUGGCUCUCCAGACUCGUCCAAAAGUUCCAAGGCCUCUCCGAAGCAGGCCACGUGGUGCAGCUCAGCCUUGCCGAGGACGAGGACGACGGCCGGGCCCCUGGCCGCGGGGCUCACAAGAGGAAGAGGGGGAGCGAGCCGGGCCAGGCCUGCGGCUCGGAGAACCAGAGAGACCAGAACCUCAAGCUCAUCGAUCCGCUCUGCAGAAUCGCCGCCAAGACCAAGGACCACAUGCUGGUGCAGACCAUCGCCCGGGCUGUGCUUGAGGCCGUCAUCCAUCGGUCUCCGCUGGCCCCGGAAGAGACCGUCGCCGGACAGCAAGCGGAGGCGGCCGGCACGCGGGGGGCAGCCGGCGCGUUUUCCUGCCCCACUGGUUUCAGGCUGUUCGCGUGGCACACCAGGGCGACGCCAGGGCUGGGGGGCGGGGGGCCAGGGAGGGAGUUCACGUGUCGCCUUGUGCUGCAGCUCAAGGCCCCGCCCAGCUCCAAGAAGGUCACCUUCGGGCUGAGCAGAAACAUGACCGCAGAGUUCAGGAAGACAGACAGGAGCAUCCUGGUCAGCCCCGAGGGCCUCUCCCGGGUGGCCUUCAACCCGGAGCAGCGGCCCCUGCACGGCGUGCUCAAGACCCCCACCGGCUCCCCGGCCAGCCCGCCCCUGGGGCCCAGGAAGCUGCCGGCCGCCGUCCCGAGCAGGCGGCCCAGGGCCGUGGACUUUUUCUAGUGCGGCCUCCGGGCUGCGUUUGUGCGGAUGUUUAUACGUGGCCGGGAGGGGUUUGCUGACGGCUUGUAAAGCUCAUG